CAUAAUAAUAAAAAGAGAAAAGAAAAAAAAAUGAGAGAAGGAUCUCAUGUUAUCGUCUUGCCUUUCCCUGGACAAGGCCACAUAACUCCAUUGUCCCAAUUCUCCAAACGCUUAGCCUCCAAAGGUCUUAAGCCUACUCUCAUCCUCGUCUCCGACAAACCCACUUCGCCUUACAAAAUAGAUAACGAUUCAAUCACUGUCUUCCCCAUCUCCAAUGGCUUCCAAGAAGGGGAGGAUCCAUUACAAGACCUAGAUGAUUACAUGGACAGAGUAGAAACCAGCAUCAAGAAACGCUUACCGGAGUUGAUAAAAGACAUGAAGCUGUCCGGAAACACUCCUAAGGCUCUUGUGUACGACUCCACCAUGCCGUGGCUUCUUGAUGUAGCUCAUGAUCAUGGUUUGAGAGGUGCCGCGUUCUUCACGCAACCUUGGCUUGUCUCAGUUAUUUACUACCAUGUUUUCAAGGGCACUUUCUCUGUACCGUCUACAAAGUAUGGUCACUCGACGUUAGCAUCUUUCCCUUCGUUUCCAAUGCUGAAUGCGAAUGAUUUGCCGUCGUUCCUAUGCGAGUCUUCCUCUUACCCCAAUAUACUAAGGAUUGUGGUUGAUCAGCUCUCUAACAUUGAGCGUGUCGACAUAGUGUUGUGCAACACUUUCGAUAAAUUGGAAGAAAAGUUAUUGAAAUGGGUCAAAAGCAUGUGGCCGGUCUUGAACAUAGGACCAACGCUUCCAUCGAUGUACUUAGACAAACGACUGUCUGAAGAUAAGAACUACGGAUUCAGCCUCUUCACUGCGAAAUCCACUGAAUGCAUCGAGUGGCUAAACUCUAAGCAGCCUAGUUCAGUUGUCUAUGUAUCAUUCGGAAGCUUAGUGAUUCUAAACGAAGACCAAAUGAUGGAACUAGCAACUGGUCUGAAACAAAGCGGAUGUUUCUUCUUGUGGGUUGUGAGAGAAACAGCAACAGACAAGAUUCCAAAACACUAUGUAGAGGAAAUCGGUGAGAAAGGACUUAUUGUGAGCUGGAGUCCUCAGCUUGAAGUUCUUGCGCAUGAAUCUGUUGGUAGUUUCUUGACACAUUGUGGAUGGAACUCGACGUUAGAAGGGUUGAGUCUUGGAGUUCCAAUGAUUGGUAUGCCUCAUUGGACAGAUCAGCCUACAAAUGCUAAGUUCGUGGAGGAUGUGUGGAAGGUUGGGGUUAGGGUUAAGGCAGAAGCUGAUGGGUUUGUGAGAAAAGAGGAGAUAGUAAGGUGUGUGGGAGAAGUUAUGGAAGGAGAGAAAGGGAAAGAGAUUAGAAAGAAUGCUGAGAAAUGGAAAGUGUUGGCUCGAGAAGCUGUUUCUGAAGGAGGUAGCUCUGAUAAGAGCAUUGAUGAGUUUGUUUCUAUGGUUUGUUGAAUGAUUUGAAUUGAGAUGUUAGAAAGUAAAUGUCUAUUGCAAAUUCACUGUUUUUUUUACAAGUCUUUUUACUAUUAGUUGUUGUUUUUUUUUUUUUUUUUUUUUUUUGAUAAUUAACUUUGUUGUUGUUGUAAUAAGGAUGAUUUUUCUCAGGUUUCAAACGAAACACAUGCAUGGGGAAUUCAUUAUAUUUUAUA